AUGUCUGAUCAUUAUCAAGCUUCUUAUAGACAUCUCUAUAACUUCUCUGAUCACUUUUUAUCAGCUGAUGAAGCAGGGGUACUGCUGUCUAUAACCGCAUCUUCAUCUCUCUCAGCCCUGCCACUGCACCUGAUCUUCAGACCAGUGAUCAACUCUCUGCCUUUCUCAGACCAGUCUCUGACUUCAAGCAGUGCAGUUCCUCUCUUUACUUGUCUUCUGCAGUCUCACAGACCUAUGAUCAUCUUCUUUCUGUCUGCACAAUCUCUGACCAGGCAUAUGCAAAUAUGCCUAGGUUCUCUAUCAAUGGUCCUCACACCACAGUGCAUUUCCACAAUCUCAUUGUCAAUGAGAGAUGAGUCCCCAGGUACCUGCAAAAUCCAGGUAAUCAAGGCAAUGCAAAUGUCAUAA